AUGACAGUUGCCAUAAGCCAGCUCCUGGUCGGUGAUGAAGUGUGGGUGCUACGUGGGGGCAGCGCGCCCGGAAAGAAGGUACUCCCAAAAAUCAGUGGACCAUUCACAAUUACGGAACGCGUCCAUUCAGCGUGUCUGAGCAAAUACUUGGCGUGCGAGCACUUACGACCUGAAGGGUCCAUCUGGUUGGACGAGUGCUCAUUCACGUGGAGCAAUGCAGAAGCUUUUUCCGGAGCAACUGCGGAAGCUGCCUUACGUGAUGUGAGCCUGAAAGUGGAGCCUGGUUGCCUGGUUGGAAUUGUGGGAUCCGUUGGAAGCGGAAAGUCGACCCUGCUGAGCUCAUUUCAAGGCGACGUUCAAAAAAUAAGCGGCCAUUUCAGGGUGAGGGGCACCAUAGCAUGUGUGCCGCAGAGUGCAUGCAUCUACAACAUGUCCAUAAGGGACAACAUAUUAUUCGGAAAACCGUACGACGCGUCCCUGUGCAAUAGGGUCCUGUCUGCUUGCGACCUCCUGAAGGACAUGGCUGGGUUUCCAGCUGGAGACCUCUCGGAAGUUGGACAAAAGGGUGCGACACUAAGUGGUGGACAGAAGCAGAGAAUAGCCCUUGCUCGAGCGGUGUACAGCGACAGCACCAUCUACCUUCUUGACGACACACUGAGUGCGCUUGACGUGCAUGUUGCGUCGAAGGUCUUCCACAAAGUGAUUGGCCGACGCGGAAUUCUACGAAAAAAGACAAGACUAGUUGUAUGCACACAGAUUCAGUUCCUUGAGCAUAUGGACAAAAUACUUUUGGUUGCUGACAGACAAAUUACGUCUUUCGAUAGUGUGAGCGAACUGAUGAAAGAUCCCAGGUGCCCCAGGAUGAUUCGCAAUGGCGAUAAUGCAAAAGAAGAGAAAGCGCAUGAGAAUGAUACUCCACGGAUUCAGAAAAAGAUGGUCUUCACGAGUCACCAACAGGCGGCAUACCAGCACGCCAUGAAAAAGUUCGCCGAGCUAGGCAAUUCAUGUCUGUCGAGCGACGAGAGCAAGUUGAUCUUCGGUUGCCUAGGCGCCUUCACCCUCGCGAUGAGCGCGCACAACCUGUCCUACCGACUGCACAAUGCGAUGGUCGCUCGGGUACUCGGCAGCCCUGUGGAAUUCUUCGACGCCACUCCGAGAGGCCGGGUUCUCAACCGCCUUUCGGUUGAACUGGAUGCCAUUGACUCGCGCCUUUUUACGGGUUCCAAGCAGCUGCUGCAGUCGCUCACGGCGGGCGUCGCCAGGAUUAUUGUCACAGGACUAGAGCUGCCCACGGCAGCCAUCCUGGCAGCGCUGGCCGUCACCUUCUAUAUUUUUACCAUGCGAAUUACGGCCAAAGCUUCCAAUGCGGCGCGGAGGUUCGAGAGUGCCCACCUAUCUCGCCUCCUCCAACACGUGGCCGAGACACGUGAUACGCUGAGUGUGGUGCGCUCGUAUGGCGCUGAGCACCGCUUCACUGCACACUGCCACCGCCUCGUAGACACGGCGACUACGGGGUUGCUUACGUACGUGGACUGCCUCCGGCUCUCCCGAUUCCUGGGAGGACUGUGCGGCUUCGUAGUCAUUCUGGGAGAUGACCAGGAAUCGCAGAACGCCACACGCAUUGCUCGGAGAAACACCAAAAGCUGCACCAAGGCUAUCUGCAUUCGUCCACUUGAUGAAAGAGCGUGGCCUUCAGAAGGAAAGCUCGAAUUCGACCACUAUUCCGCGUCCUACAAGCCCGGAGUCUUGCCUGAUGUCCUCAUCGACGUGUACUUCGUAGCGAGUCCUCGUGAGAAGGUGGGCAUUGUCGGUCGCACAGGUGCUGGUAAAUCUUCGCUCUUGAUGGCGGUGCUCAGAGUCUUGAAGGCGUCUACUGGAUGCAUCCGCAUAGAUGACGUCGACAUAGCAUCAGUGUCUUUGCGUCGGCUACGGUCAGCUGUCACUGUCAUCCCACAGGAUCCUUGCUUGACACGAGGUGCACUACGGGAUGUUUUGGACCCGACCGGCAGCUACUCAGACAGCGACGUAUGGUGCGCUCUGGCGCAAGCACAUCUGACCGAAUUCGUGGCACGCCACUCUCAUAACAUACGGAUGGACGUGGGUGACAGUGGAAGUAACCUCAGUGCCGGCCAGCGACAGCUCGUGUGCCUAGCCAGGGCUCUGCUACGGCGGCCACGUAUAAUUCUAAUGGACGAGGCCACAUCACAUAUGGAUGGCAACACUGACAGGAUCGUGCAGACUACGCUACGAGAGAGCUUCGCCUACUGCACCGUACUCACAAUAGCACACAGACUGGAGACGGUGCUAGACUACGAUAAGAUCCUGGUAAUGGCUAACGGCCGCACUGUUGAAUUCGGACCCACGCACGAGCUCGCCAGCAAUCCCGAUUCCGCAUUCCACGAUAUGCUGCGGCAAGCCGGAUUGGUGCCAUCUAACAGUCCGGAAACCUAUGCUCAGCUGGCUACUCAUUUGUGA